CGUCGUAUGCCAACUUCCAGUCGCUUCAUAACUUUUAUCGAGGCAACAUGACUGGCUGAAUCGUCAAUUAUUUGUAAAUAAUACUUUUUAUACACAAACUACUGCUUGAAAAGUGAAAUAGUGUGAAACGAUGUUGUUAUUUGUGUUUUUCGCUUUAAUAUGUGCGUCGAGAGGACAAUACGAAGGUCAGUCCUGUUACCAAAAUGGGAUACAGGGCACCUGUAAAAAUCUAAAAGUCUGCCAACCCGCCAUCGACGAAAUAAGAAGGAGGAAACAACCACUGAUAUGCUCGUUCGUUGGUCCGGAUCCCAUUGUGUGCUGUGUCGACACAACCCCGGUCGCCACAACAACUAAGAGGUCCACCACGUCCACAACAGAGUAUAUACCACCAGCAGUCGAUUAUAAGGACAAUGAAGACUCAGACGGUAGCUGUGAAAAUCUACCGUCUACCAUGACAGCUUCGAAAACUGGACAGAAGGCGUGGGACAAAUGCAUUGAAUACCAGCAGACGUUGGUGUACCCGUGCGAGAGGGGCGUGGCCCUCAUCGGGGACAUGGCCCGUGUGAACAACUGCAAGCACAACGCGGCCGACCUCAUUGUGGGCGGGGUGAAGGCUGCGAAAGACGAGUUCCCGCAUAUGGUUUUGCUCGGUUUCGGAGAGGAUCCGAAUUCAGCGGAAUGGUCCUGCGGUGGCAGCCUCAUCAGUGAGAAGUUCAUACUGACUGCUGGACACUGUACGUACAGCAGAGAGAAUGGACCAACCAGAUACGCUUUACUCGGCGUAUUGAAACGAACUGACCAGAUAGACAGUAAUAACUUAUACAAGAUCAAAAAUAUAAUAAAACACCCCAAGUUCGAUCCGCCACGGAAAUACAAUGACAUCGCUUUGCUGGAAACUGACAGAGUGAUGAAAUUAGGAGUAUCAGCUGUACCUGCCUGUCUAGAUAUCGGGGCUCCUAAUAAUUAUGAUAGGGCGCUGGCCACAGGCUGGGGGGCCACAGAGAACAGAGGAGCCAGCUCUGAUAUGUUACAAAAGGUGAUUCUCCACAAGUUCAAAAACGAUGAAUGCGUCAAAUUUUUCCCGCCAAAUCGGUUGAUGAAGAACGGUUUCGAUGUCAACACGCAAAUAUGUUAUGGUGAUAAGGAGAAGUCCAAGGACACCUGUCAGGGCGACAGCGGCGGUCCGUUACAGAUAAAGCACCAACAAAUCAAUUGUAUGUACACGAUAAUAGGCGUGACGUCAUUCGGUCGCGCGUGCGGCUACAUCGGCGAGCCGGGCGUGUACACGCGCGUCGCGGCCUACGUGCCGUGGAUAGAGAGUGUGGUGUGGCCGUACUAGCGACUGUGACCAUGCUGCAGCUACACGAUCCUUGUGAUUCUAUGCUGCGGCUACACGUUCCUUGUGACGUAAUGCUGCGGUUACACGAUCUUAUAAGAAAUAAUUGAGAUUUUUUUUUUGUUUUAUAAAGCUUUUUUAUAUGCGAUAUUUUACUGUGUUUUUACAUGAUAGUUACAAUCUGUGAAAGUAUUUUAUAAGAAUUUGAAAUAAGUGUAAUAAAAUUUUCAUGAUAAUCUUUAAAAAAUAUAAUUUGCAAUGCAAACCCAAUGUAUGUACACGCUAUAAAUAUGAUGUCACUCACAUGUCGGCUGCAUACAUUGCCGUAAUGAUGCGGUUGCACUCUUUGUCAUAUUGUCAAGAUUUCGUUAAUAAAGUAGUUAAUUCGUUGCUUCUUUACGAUGUAUGAUGUAAUUGAUGGAUUUUUUACAAGAAGCUAUGUAUUUAAAAAAGAGUUUAUUAUGUAUUAUGUUAAAAUACAUAAUUCAUAACAUCGAACAAAAACAACAUAAGUAAGUUAUGCACAAAACCAUUGUAUAGAUUAGUCUAGUUAGUUAGUAGGGUAUAGAUACUCAAAUUGCCUCAUCAAAAUGGGAUUCGAAACUUAUGAAAUAAUUAUAUAACUUAAA